GCAGAAAAUGCAACACAAGGACAUCGUGGACAUAUUACUCUCUUGCUUGAAGGAUUCUCAUGACGAUGAACAAAAUCCAGUCAAAGAUCGAACCAAUAUCAAGGCCAUACUUUUGGACUUGCUUUCUGGUGCAAUAGACACUUCCGUCACUGUUAGUCUCUGGGUUUUCUCAGAACUCUUGAAGAAUCCCAGAGUAAUGAAAAAACUCCAACAUGAGCUGGAAAACCUUGUAGGAAAAAGCAAUUUGGUCGAGGAGGUUGAUUUGCCGAGGUUGACUUACUUGGACAUGGUGGUCAAAGAGACUUUGAGACUACAUCCUGUUGCGCCAUUGCUGCUCCCUCGAGUCAGCACCAAGGAUAUAACUAUCAAUGGAUAUUAUAUAAGGAACAAGUCACGAGUGAUUGUGAAUGUGUGGGCAAUAGGACGGGAUCCUAAGAUAUGGUCAGAUAAUGCGGAAGCAUUUUAUCCAGAGAGGUUCCUGAAUAGCAAUGUAGAUCUCCGAGGAAAAGACUUCCAACUGAUACCAUUUGGUUCAGGUCGAAGAGGAUGCCCUGGCAUGCAGUUAGGGUUAAUUACUGUUAAGCUGGUUAUAGCACAAUUAAUGCAUUGCUUUAAUUGGGAACUUCCACAAGGCGUUUCUCCUGAUGAAGUGGAUAUGACUGAGAAAUUUGGACUAUUGAUUCCAAGAGCUAAUCACUUAGUAGCUCUUCCAUCAUAUUGCCUAGCAGAGUGAUUG